AUGGUCGCUGGCCGGGCGAGCUCGGGCAGCCGGGGCCGGGCCGCUGGGUUAGCCGGGCCGGGCAGCCGACCGGCCGGGCCGGGCUUGGCCGGGUCUGGCCGGCGAGGCGACACGACGGCGGCAACGGAGACUGUAGGGGAGAGGAAGAAAGCAGGGGCAGUGGUGGCGAGAGGGGGCGAGCUGGGGGCUCAGGGGGGUCGAACCGGCGGCGGCGACAACGACACUCAGGCGUCGGGGCGGAGUUGGGAGCCGGGCCGGACGACCGGACUGGGCGGGCCGGGACUCGCCGAACGCGGCGGCAAGCGGCGGCGAAUGAGCUCGCGCGGCGGGAGGGAGGAAGGCAAAGGCUGGGCGGAAUCGGCCGGGCGACGCGGCGGCUCGACGACGGCGAGAGUGAGGACGAAGGGCGGCGACGGCGAUCGUGGGGGCGGCGUCGGGCGGAGGCGAAGGGCGGUCGAGCAGCGGGCUGCGGAGGCGGGAAGGAGCUGCGGUGGACGGGAGUCGGGGGAGGGGAGAUUGACCAGGUGA